GGAGCCGUCGCUGCGCGCGCGGGGCGGAAGCGGCGGUGACGUGUCCGCGCCGGCGGAAGCGGAAGCGGGGCCGUGCGGGCGGCGGUGGCGGCGGCGGCGGCGAUGCUGUCGCUGGACUUUCUGGACGAUGUGCGGCGCAUGAACAAGCGGCAGCUGUACUACCAGGUGCUGAACUUCGGCAUGAUCGUGUCCUCCGCCCUCAUGAUCUGGAAGGGGCUCAUGGUGGUGACGGGCAGCGAGAGUCCCAUCGUGGUGGUGCUGAGUGGGAGCAUGGAGCCUGCCUUCCACAGAGGAGACCUCCUGUUCCUCACGAACCGAAUUGAAGAUCCAAUCAGAGUGGGAGAAAUCGUCGUCUUUAGGAUAGAGGGAAGGGAAAUUCCUAUAGUCCAUCGUGUCCUGAAAAUCCAUGAGAAGCAAAACGGAGACAUCAAAUUUCUGACAAAGGGGGACAACAAUGCCGUGGAUGACAGAGGGCUCUACAAACAGGGCCAGCACUGGCUGGAGAAGAAGGACGUAGUAGGACGAGCCAGAGGAUUUGUGCCCUAUAUUGGAAUAGUGACUAUCUUAAUGAACGAUUAUCCAAAAUUUAAGGUAAGAGCUCUAUUUCCUGCCUGCUUUCCCCAACCAAGCCCUAAUUCCUGCAUGAGAACGUGGGCAGAACCCUGUGCCCUGCACGUUUGCUGCUGUAGAUAUCAGUGUGCACUCCUGUAUCUCCUCUGCUCUCUCUUCCAGUAUGCAGUGCUCUUUUUACUGGGUUUAUUUGUGCUGGUCCAUCGAGAGUAGUCCCUUGCACUAAACUACGAGGUGAAGGUGCCAUGGAUUUUUCUAAAUGAACGUUUAAAGUAGCUGAUGGUCCAAUGUACCAGGAAGAAGAAGAAAGCAUGCAUUUCAAAGCUUCUUGCCAGUUUGGGUUUGUUUUGGUUUUUACUGCGUAAGGGCGAAUGUUUGUCACAGUAUUUCCAAUGGUUUGUCACAUUUUAGCCUUUUUAGUGAAUUUUUAUAUUAAAAAUUUGAGCCAAAAUGUUUAGUGCUUGUACUUUGAAGCUGAGCUUCCUCUCCAAGUGCCUCUGGGGCCGUGUCCUCAGUCUGUGCCUGGCCGGGCCAGGUGCCCCCUCCCUUGUGCUUACUGAACUGUCCAGUGGUGAGUUGUGGCCAUGACGGGUUUUUUCCAAUUCAGAACUGGAAUAAAGAUUUUGCCUCUUGCCA